CAUGGAUUGGGCAAGGAUCGCGCUCGUCCUGUCGCGCCACGGGGAUCGGCGCGGCCGUUGCCUGGCCAUCUGCCUGUCCGUCGUCUGCGUGUUUUGCAUCGCGAGUCAGGCUAGCGCGACGGACGUCAACGGGACGAGGGACGAGGCCUCGGCGUUCCCGCCCGAUUGCUCGGGCGCGGACGCGUCUAAGAAUAUUUCUGUGUCUUGUUACGGGAUCAGGAUCGUGAGGAGGAUCGUGCAACAGUUUCUGGAGAGGUCGAGCCAGCAGCCCGACCUCGAGAUCUUCGACGGGGUCAGCCUGGUCGAGGUGGAGCCAACCUUGUCGAGGAAGGGCAAGCUGAUGAAGGGAUUCGGCAGCGUGGGAAGCCUGAUGCAGUUUCUGGAGGGGAGGGAGCUGAGGAUCAAACUGCCCGCCUUGUUGCCCCAAAAUCUCGAGGCCGCUCUCCAAGAGAGUUUGCCGGUCGAUCAAGCAAGACGAGGAAGCGGCGGAGGUUUCGGGGGCGGCGGCGGCGGCGGCGGCGGCGGGAAAGGCGGCGGUGGCGGGAUGAUGAUGCUCGCUCUCAUGAUGGGCAAGAUGAUGGCGGCGCUGGGAUUCGGCGCGCUCGGCCUGCUGGCAAUGAAGGCGUUGAUGGUGUCCGCGCUGGCCUUGAUGCUCUCCUUGAUCGUGGCCGUGAAGAAGCUGGCGAGCGGGCACGAGAGCGGCGGCGGCCACCACGUGGUGUACGCGCAGGACGUGGGCCACCACCAUUACCGGAAGAAGCGGUCCGAGGAGGUGGAUCUCCCUUACAGGGGAUACGCUCACCUGUUCGCCGACUCGAGGGUGUCCUGA